CAAAACCCCACAUGGCCUCUCACACAAUCUUCAGUUCAGAAUCUGAUGAAGACACUUGGGUCAUCCAUAUCAAUGACUUGGUAAGUAAAACCGACCUCAAAAAAUUAAACGAAAUGCCCGUUUGCAUUUACCAAGAUCCAAAAUCUUUGAGUUGUGCCAAACCAGAAGCCUUUACCCCACAAAUUAUAGCCAUUGGUCCUUAUAACCAUUUUCGUCCCGAGUUAUAUCCCAUGGAAAGGUUCAAAAUUCUUUCAGCCAAAAGGGUCUUAGACUACUUCAACAAACAUGACCAUGACCUUAAACGGCUAGUUGAGAAACUCAAGAGUACAGGGCCUUUUAUUCGUGCUUGUUACCACAAAUACUUGGACCUUAAAGAAGAAACCUUGUUAUACACCAUGGCCAUUGACGGUAUGUUCUUACUCGAUUUCUUUCACAACUAUCUCCACGAGAAAGCAGCUGGUCCUUUCUUGAAAGAUAUAGAACAACAAGAAGUUCAGAGAAGUGGUGAGAAGCUAACCAAGGAUGCCAUCAUAAGAGACGUGAUCAUGGUCGAGAACCAAAUUCCAGCCUUCAUAUUGGGGAGAAUCUUGCUGAUUGAAAGCUCCGAAACUGAAGAUUCAGUUAAGCAAUACUUGGGAUCGUUGCUCUUGUCAUUCUGUGAGAAACACUCUCCACUCAAGUUAACUCAAACCCCGACAUGUUCUGAGGCUGUCACCAAGCACUACCAUCUCUUGGAUCUCUUCUACCAUUCAAUUGUCUCUGAGCAUGAAAAGUCAGAAAUACAAACAUUUGAAACAGAAGGUAUGUGUAAGCCCCCUAGUAAUAAUGCCUCUUCCCCUAGUGCUCCUGAAUCAAAUAGAAGCUCAAAUUCUGAAGGCAUAGUCACAUUGUUAAAGAAAGUUAAAGUUCCAUUUAAAGGGAUAACAGAUGCUCUCAAAAAGCUUAAGGACACGAAUAUUCCUCUUUUGGAACCAAUUAAAAAACCCAUAGAUGCAAUACUCCAUUUGUCAAAGUUUGAGUCUUUAUCAUCAGAAAUGUCCAAUUCUGAAACAGAAGCUCCUGUGGUUGUCACCAUUCCUUCUGUUUGUGAGCUUCAUUCUGUUAGGAUCCGUUUUGAACCCUCCAAAGGUGGCAUCAAGGACAUUCAUUUCGAUGAGAGGAAUGGCAUAUUUUACCUCCCUGUGAUCAAAUUGGAUGUGAACUCAGAAGUGAUAAUGAGAAACAUAGUGGCUUAUGAGGCCUUGACUCAACCAGAUUCACUCAUAUUUACAAGGUACACAGAGUUGAUGCGUGCAAUCAUAGACACAGUGGAGGAUGUUAAGCUUCUGAAGAAUGCACAUAUCAUAGAAAAAACUAGCUCUCUCAGUGUGGAAGAAACUACGGAUCUUUUUAAUGGGAUGAGCAAAUCCAUCGGACCUACUAAAACUAAAAAGUUGGAUGAAACCAUUCAGAAAGUUAACAAGUACUUCCAUGAUAAGAGGAAGGCCAAUCUCUAUAGGAUCUUCACCAAUUAUGUGUACUCUUCCUGGAAGCUCUUCACACUUCUUGCCACCUUUGUGCUCUUGGCCAUGACGGCUCUUGAAGCACUUUGCUCGGUUUAUGAUUGUCGUAGUCGUUUCAGACUGAAAUGA